GAUUAAUGUGUAGAAAUUUGUUUUAAUUUCAUUUUUACGAAAGCUCUUGUCAACAAAAAUUCUUUAAACGACUAGAUAGAUCUAAAUCUAUCUAGAAUCUACUAUCUAGUACUCUAGAUCUAUAAGCGGUGUUAUUAUCAUAUUAGAAAUGACUGCGCAAACAUUGAUAUUUAAACAAGAGCAAGCUCAUGAAGACAGCAUAUGGAGUUGUGCUUUUGGCAAAAAUGAAAGAGAUCCCAGUGGAUCAGAAACAAUUGUCACUGGAUCAAUAGAUGAUUAUGUUAAAGUUUGGAAAUGGCAAGACAAUAAGCUUGAACUUCGGCAUACACUUGAAGGACAUCAGCUAGGAGUCGUCUCUGUAGAUAUCAAUUCAGAUGGAUCUCUUGCGGCUUCAAGUAGCUUGGAUAGUCAUGUGAGAAUAUGGGAUUUGGAAAGUGGUAAAAUGGCCAAAAGUAUAGAUGCUGGACCAGUUGAUGCUUGGACCAUCGCAUUCUCUCCAGAUUCUAGGUUUUUGGCAUCUGGUAGUCAUACAGGAAAAAUUAAUCUUUUUGGAGUUGACAGCGGAAGAAAAGAAUCCUCAAUGGACACGAGAGGAAAAUUUACUCUAAGUUUAGCAUAUAGCCCCGAUGGGAAAUUUAUAGCUUCUGGAGCAUUGGAUGGCAUUGUUAAUGUUUUUGAUAUUACCACUGGAAAACUGAUCCAUACAUUGGAAGGUCAUGCUAUGCCAAUUAGGUCAUUGUGUUUUUCACCAGACAGUCAGUUACUAAUAACAGCCUCAGAUGAUUGUCAAAUAAAAAUUUAUGAUGUCCAACAUGCCAAUUUAGCUGGUACUCUCUCAGGCCAUGGAUCCUGGGUCCUUGGUGUUGAUUUCUGUUCAGACAACACUCACUUUGUGUCAGGAUCCUCGGACAAAACAGUCAAACUCUGGAAUGCAGGAACAAGACAGUGCAUUCAUACAUUUUAUGAUCACUCAGAUCAAGUUUGGGAUGUCAAGUACAAUCCAUCUGGUACCAAAGUGGUUUCAGUCUCAGAUGACAAAAAUAUCCAUGUUUAUGACUGUCCUGUGUAACUAAAUUUUGAAAAACUUGUAUUGACUGAGUUGACCUGUUACAACUGUCUUGUGUAACUGUUAUCUGAUUGUGUGUUAGUGUUGUAUUGACUGAGUUGACUUGAUACAACUGUUAUGUGUAGCUGUUAUGUGAUUGUGUGCAAGUGUUGUAUUACAGUUAUGAUGAUAACUUUGAUGAUUGUUAUUUGUUACAAUGAUAUGUUUACAGUUUAUUUGUAAAAUAAAUUUUUUAUUUGUAAUCAAA